GACUUUGCAGCUGCAGACUCAUGGAAAUUCAGUGGACCUCUUGGGUUCAUUGCUGGCAGAGGCUGCUACUACUGUACACGCUUAGAGGAGAGCAAGCAGGGCCAGUCCUAGGCAUGUGCCAAUUUUGUUGUCAUCCAGGGCAAUGUGCUUCUGGGGACCCUAUUGUCUGCACUCCUUCCUAGUAUGUACUCACCUAAAGUCACAAGAUCUUACAAGAGGAGCUAACCCCCCACAGCCCCUCAGAUACAUGUGUUGUGAGCCAAACCCCCUAUCAGCUUCUGAAACCACCCUUGGUGACAUGCACUCUUCUCAGCUCUGUCCACACACCUUGUUUUACCUAGGUGACUGAAGUCUGCCUGGGAUCCCACAUGUUGUACUUGGCACACCUCUUAAACUACCCAUGGGGUCAAGGGAGAAAGAAAGUAUCCCCUCUUCAAUGGCUGAAGAAUGCUAAUUAGGCAUCAUAUAGCCCACACAUCUGGAUUGUCAGAUAACGUCACUGCUGUCAUGAAGCGCAGUCGGCCCCAGCCUUUCUAAUGCGAGUGUAGGUUUUUGGAGAAAUUGGCCAGGUGAAAAGGGACAUCUGCCCCAAUUUCUCUUCUUUAUUCCUGAAAAGAAGGGAGGGAGCUGGACAUUCCAAAGGACGCUGCAAAGUGAAUAACAUGUUAAGGAAGAACUUGCUAUGCCAAAUGGAGUUGAUAUUGAAACUUGCCUAUGGUGUAACUGGAGAAAGGGACCACCGGCUCUUAAAUCAGAGGAGAAGAAAUAGUCUCCAAAAUAGAGAGAGAUGUAUCUGCUGCUCCUUCCACCAUCUAAAAAUUGUGACUUUUAAACCACACAGGCUUUGUGGAGAUCAAGGAGAAUGAAUUGGAAGGUCUGAAGAAACAAUUUCCCACUAUGAACCUGAAGAUUCCAGCUAAGAGAAUAUUUGGAGACAAUUUUGAUCCAGAUUUUAUUAAACAGAGAAGAGCAGGACUGAAUGAAUUCAUUCAAAAUUUAGUUAGACAGCCAGAGCUAUGCAACCACCCAGAUGUCAGAGCAUUUCUUCAGAUGGACAACCCAAAGCAUCAGUCAGAUCCAUCUGAAGAUGAGGAUGAAAGGAGCAAUCCGAAGCUAAAUUCUACCUCACAGAAUAUCAACCUGGGACCAUCUGGAAAUCCUCACGCUAAACCAACAGACUUUGACUUCUUGAAAGUUAUUGGGAAAGGGAGCUUUGGCAAGGUUCUUCUUGCAAAACGAAAACUGGAUGGGAAAUUUUAUGCUGUCAAAGUAUUGCAGAAAAAAGUUGUUCUCAACAGGAAAGAGCAAAAACAUAUUAUGGCUGAACGUAAUGUACUGUUGAAAAAUUUGAAACAUCCAUUUUUGGUUGGAUUACAUUACUCGUUCCAAACAACAGAAAAGCUUUACUUUGUUCUGGAUUUUGUUAAUGGAGGGGAGCUGUUUUUUCAUUUACAAAGAGAACGCUCCUUUCCUGAACACAGAGCCAGAUUUUAUGCUGCUGAAAUAGCCAGUGCUUUGGGCUACUUGCACUCCAUAAAUAUUGUAUACAGGGAUUUGAAACCAGAAAACAUUCUCUUAGACUCACUGGGACAUGUUGUCUUAACAGAUUUUGGACUCUGUAAAGAAGGGAUUGCUAUCUCAGAUACCACUGCAACCUUUUGUGGGACACCAGAAUAUCUUGCCCCAGAAGUGAUCAGAAAACAGCCCUAUGACAACACAGUAGACUGGUGGUGCCUUGGUGCGGUUCUAUAUGAAAUGCUUUAUGGGUUGCCUCCAUUUUACUGCCGUGAUGUUGCUGAGAUGUAUGAAAAUAUUCUUCACAAACCUCUAUGUGCGCGCCCAGGAGUCAGUGUUACAGCCUGGUCUAUUCUGGAAGAACUCUUGGAGAAAGACAGGCAAAACAGACUUGGAGCAAGAGAAGACUUUCUUGAAAUUCAAAGGCAUCCUUUCUUUGAAUCUCUCAGCUGGGCUGACCUUCUCCAAAAGAAGAUUCCACCACCAUUUAAUCCUAAUGUGGUUGGCCCAGAUGAUAUAAGGAAUUUUGAUGCAGCUUUUACAGAAGAAAUGGUUCCUUAUUCAGUUUGCAUUUCCUCUGAUUAUAACAUUGUAAAUGCCAGUGUGCUGGAGGCAGAUGAUGCAUUUGUUGGAUUUUCUUAUGCACCACCUUCUGAAGACUUGUUUCCUUAGGAGGUUAGGAGCCAACAAAUGAUGCACAAAUACAAGUCUGAAGAUGGACUGAAACAUGUGUGAACAUAGUCCAGAAUAUGUGUAACUAGUGCCUCAUUUUAUAUGAAGGGUUGAAACCAAUUAACAAACAUUUUCUGCUGUAUAUGAGGAAAUUGGGCAUUUCAGACGGCUUUCUUUGGGAUUUAAAAUGUUAUUCCUGCUGCAUAAAAUAUUUUUAAAAUGAAGAUCUCUAAAAGCUGUUCCUUUACAUUAAUCUGUUUUUAAGCAAAUACACUGUUUUUUCUCCAGGUUUACAUUAAUACCUAUCCAGGAUUUGGCUGUCUUUCAGCAGCAGCAAACUUAGCACAUUUAUAAAUGCCUUUGUAACUAUUUACAGUGACUUUGUGCUUGAAUUGUAACUAUGCAAUUGUCUUUUUGUAUAUCAUUGUUUAAAAAAAGAUAAAUGUUUUCCCUGUUGUAUCACCUUUUGAAAUAUAAUUUCAUUACUUGAAAGCACUUAUGCUAAAAAUUUAAUUCCUCAUUGAAGAAUAAGUAGAUACUUUAAGGAUCCACAAACUGAAAAGUUGCUCAUUUAGGACUAAAUUGCCAUCCUUACUCCUCUUCAUAAAUCCCUUACUUCUUAAGCACUCCUUUAAAUUUCUACUGGAUUAUUUGAGAAAUAGAGCACUACUCAAAGUGAGUAAGGGUAGCACAAACUAGCCCAAAAUAUUUGGUAACACUACUAAAUACAUUGUCUAUAAUGUUCUUUUCUGAUGAAGAAAUAUCUGAAUCUCAACUGCACUAAAAUUUUUUUGCAUUAAAAUUCUAUUUUUCCAAAGAGUUGGAGGGUAGUAAUCAUUGUUACUUUUAAAGGCAGUCUUGCUAUGACCCUACAGAGAGGAGAUUGUGCCAAAAGUUAGGGUUAUUUUGUGUGUGUAUCUUGAAUAUGAAUAUAUUCUAAAUGAACUGUAUCAAAAUUCAUAUUCUUGUCUUCUAUAUUUUAAUGUAUCAGCUCUUAAAUCUUCACUUCAUAGUUAGGAAAAAUAACUAUUAAACUACCUUUUUGAUUACUUUUAAGAAUGUGAAGAGCGAUUGUACGUAGUGUGUGCCUCUUGUGAUUUGCACAUAUAACCAAAAUGCUAACAUUGAUCAACUUGUUUGGAUUUUUUUUUUAAACACAAUACAUCCUGAAAGUUGGCUCCAGUUUUAAUGUGACUUUCUUGUAGCAGUAAUACUUGUGAAUCACUUCACUUGUAAAUAACAGCUUUGUCUGCCACUUGGUAAGUGUGGGUGCACACUUUUCACAAUGCAUUUCAGUGCCUUUAACUGGAUCACCAUGAGAACUUAACUCCUUGAAAGAAAUUUAAUAAUAAAAAAAAAAGACAAUAGCAACAAUUUAAAGCGUUGAAGUUUCUCUGCUCACAAAAAUGCAACUUGUGUGUCAUAGUUAACAAAACAAAAUCCAAGUAAUUAAGAUAAACAUUUAAUCUACAGAUCUUGUUACAGUGGAAUAGAAAGAAUCCAUGGUGAAGGUCAGGGAAAGUAGAAUUUCAAAUAAGAAACCUGUAAGUAAAAAGUAGUAGUAAUUUGCCUAGUAUGCUAUGUCAGUUGAAAACUCUCAGAAGGUUAGACCAAAAUGAAUUUCUCACUUGAAGCAAUAAUCCUCGGUAUGUCACCUGCAUAAUGAUUAACACUGAUGCAACGCUGAAGAAUUGACACAAGGUGUCUGUCUGCUCAUGUAGCUCUGCUAGCUAACUAAAGUAGUCAUGAAAGGGACAUAAUUCUGCUAAUUUCAGCCUCUGUUGUCCUCUUUUUCAAUAAAAUGUUUUCUACAA